AUGCUCCUCCCGUCCCUGUUUGGGCUCGCCACCAUGGCGAGCAGCUGCCUCGCUGCCUCCCUCCAGCAGGUUUGGAACUUCGGGUCCAACCCUACAAACAUCAACAUGCACAUCUAUGUGCCUGACAGACUGGCCAACAAGCCACCCAUCAUUGUUGCUUUGCAUCCUUGCGGCGGCAAUGCUCAGCAGUGGUUCAGCGGGACGCGGCUGCCGCAGUACGCUGACAGACAUGGCUUCAUCCUUAUCUACCCCAGCACUCCUCACAUGAGCAACUGCUGGGAUGUGCAGAACCCCGCUAGCUUGACUCAUGGUGCCGGUGGUGAUGCUCUUGGUAUCGUCAGCAUGGUAAACUACGCAAUUGAUCGGUACGGAGCCGACCGCGACCGCGUCUACGUCAUGGGCUUCUCGUCUGGUGGCAUGAUGACCAAUGUGCUGGCGGGCUCGUACCCCGAUGUCUUCGAGGCCGGCGCGGCUUACUCCGGUGUUCCUCAUGCUUGCUUCCUUGGUGCUCCCGCUGCUACUCCGUUCAGCCCCAACCAAACCUGUGCUCAGGGUCUUCAGAAGACCCCCGAGGAAUGGGGCAACCUUGUGCGCAACUCCUACCCUGGUUACAAUGGUCGCCGGCCGCGGAUGCAGAUCACGCACGGCCUGAACGACUGGCUUGUCAGGCCUCAGUGUGCCUAUGAGUCUCUUAAGCAGUGGUCCAAUGUUUUGGGUCUGCAGCUCACUCGCCAAGUUACUUCUGGGCAGUGGACGCAGCAUAUUUAUGGUGAUGGGACGAAGUUGGUUGGCUAUCUUGGCCAAGGAAUUGGCCACGAGCCUGCAGUUAAUGAGGAGCAACUGUUGCGGUUCUUUGGCAUCAUUAACUAA